GCGGGCGCCCGAGCGGGAGGCGGCCUGGCGAGUGGGGCCGGCGGGGCCGGGGCCGGAGGCAGCGGCGAUGGAACUCCGAAUGAAGCGACGAACCUCCGAGAGAGGUGGUGGGGAAACAUCAGCCAAGGUCCUCUGCCCAGGGAUUUCCAGCAGCAACACCAAAAGGGCUGGGCCUUUCAUUCUUGGCCCGCGUUUGGGCAACUCCCCAGUGCCUAGCAUUGUUCAGUGCUUGGCAAGAAAAGAUGGGACAGACGACUUCUAUCAGCUGAAGAUCCUCACCUUGGAGGACAAGAGGGACCAUGGCACAGAAACCCAAGAGGAACGCCAGGGCAAAAUGCUGCUGCAUACAGAGUUCUCCCUCCUCUCUCUCCUGCACAAUCAGGAUGGGGUGGUCCAUCAUCACGGCCUUUUCCAGGACCGAACCUGCGAGCUGGUGGAAGAUCUGGAGUCCAGCCGGAUGGUCCGGAAAAUGAAGAAACGCAUCUGCUUGGUGCUGGACUGCCUCUGCGCCCACGACUUCAGUGACAAGACCGCUGAGCUCAUCAACCUCCAGCACUACGUCAUCAAAGAGAAGCGGCUUAGUGAACGGGAGACGGUUGUGAUCUUCUACGACGUUGUGCGGGUGGUGGAAGCCUUGCACAAGGAGAACAUUGUGCACAGAGACUUGAAACUGGGGAACAUGGUGCUAAACAAAAGGACCCACCGAAUCACCAUCACCAACUUCUGUCUUGGGAAGCACUUGGUGAGUGAGGAUGACCUGCUGAAGGACCAACGGGGCAGCCCCGCCUACAUUAGUCCCGACGUCCUUAGCGGUCGGCCCUACCGUGGGAAGCCCAGUGACAUGUGGGCACUGGGAGUGGUCCUCUUCACCAUGCUCUACGGGCAGUUCCCCUUCUACGACAGCAUCCCUCAGGAGCUCUUCCGCAAGAUCAAGGCUGCCGAGUACGCCAUCCCAGACUCUCCCCUGUUCUCCAGCAGGGACGGGCGGGUGUCCGAGAACACCGUCUGCUUGAUCCGGAAGCUGCUGGUCCUGGAUCCCCAGCAGCGCCUGGCAGCCUCGGAAGUACUUGAAUCCCUCAGCUCCAUCAUCGCCUCCUGGCAGUCCCUGUCCUCCCUCAGGGGGCCCUUGCAGGUGGUGCCUGACGUCGACGACCAGGUGGCCAGCCCAGAGCAGGCGCACGAGGCAAAGGUGGCCGAGGAGUGUUCCCAGUACGAGUUUGAGAACUACAUGAGGCAGCAGCUGCUGCUGGCAGAGGAGAAGAACACGCUUCACGAGGCAAAGACUUUCCUGCAAAAGCGGCAGUUUGGCAGCGUCCCUCCCGUGAGGCGCCUUGGCCACGACGCCCAGCCCAUGAGCGCCCUGGACGCCGCCGUCCUCGCACAGCGCUACCUUCGGAAGUAGCUCCCACGGGAGGCAGGAGUCGCGCUCCACCCGCCCAGCCUGGCACAAGAGUCGGGGCCGGGCCUGGGUGCCAAGCGAUGUAGCAGUCUUCCCUGUGUGCUGGGGGGGCCUUGCUUGCCGGGGCGGCCCCAAGAGGAUGCGUGGAAGACACCUGGCUGGGACCAGGACCUGAACUCCCAUCGUGGGCAGUAGCCUGCUUUUACAAAGUGGGACUCUGCAAUCUACCUCUCUGCCUCUUCUCCCCACACUGUUCUCUGGACUGAAAGGUGGAGCGGUUUGGCAAAGGUGGUCCCAGCAGGCUCCGUUCCUCACACAAACUCUGGAAAGCAGGUGGGCUGCCUUUCCCUCCCUACGGUUUGAAUAAGCUUCAUCGUCCCCUGCCCCCAUUGUCCUUUGCCCAGGGUUUCCAAAAGGGAACUCUUUCUGAAGCCCAUUUCUGUCCGAUGCCCUGGGUUCUGUUUUCAGCUUAAGCCCCAGGUUGAAUUAAUUUGUGCAAGCAUUAAUUUUGGGACGCCAGUGUGAUUACAGCCUUGCAAAACGUCUCAUCUUUACUCUGAGCUUGUUGAACGGGGAAAUGUUGCUUGCAGGUUCCAGCCAGCGGAAGUUUCAGCCCAGAGCUGUUUAAAAUGUAGCUUUUCUGGAGACCAAAGUCUCCAAGCCACCUAAUUAUUUUGGAUCUCCUGGGUGUUCUGUUUUGGUUUUUUCUAAUGGUAGCUUUUGAAAAGUGCAGUAAUGUUGCAUUAAUUCUGUUUUUAUCUCUUGCCCCAUUAAGCACGGAGGCAUGUUUGAAGGGAUAAAUUUGUGAUAAUGUGAAAUGGGGGAGUUGUCCCUUCCUUCUUCCUCCUACUCCCCCCGCCCCCCCACUACAGACCUCACUUCAGUUCCCUGCCCCCACCUGCGCUCUUGGCAUGCUCCCAUCCUUGUCUCUGGCCACAGCACUUGCCUGUAGGCAGAGGUUGGGGAGAGGGGUUGUCCAUUGCUCCAGGCUAGGCUCCAGGCUGUGUGAUGCCUGAGCCACCGGGGGGGGGGGGGGGGGGGGGGGGGUUGGACUGGAUGCCUUUCUUGCCAGAUAAGUCCUGCACAGCAUCCCGUGGAGAUGAUUCUGUUGCAGAGUCUCCCGUUUCCUUUUCUCCUCCAUCAUCAAUUCAUUUCCCAGCAAUGUGGGCUCCCCAGUGUCGUGCUGCCCUUUGGAAGACCUGGAGGCUGGUAGCCUGGAGCAAGCCCCCGUCAGGUGGGGGAGGGGUAGGGGGAGCAGAGAAACCCUUUGGUAGCAGUAGAAAGCGAUUCCCCAAAGGUGAGCGUGUUGGCAUGAUUGAAGCAGGACAAGCAGAUCUCUGAUUCUGUUGCCCGGGAGGAGGAAACACAGUUCCAAAAAGGUCUGGAAAUCUGGUGGAAUCCAGAGGAAGCUUAGCUUGUCAAUUGGAACUGCUGCACAGGACCCGAGUGCGGCUAUCGUGGUCAGUCUCUGGAAACCGGCCUAGGAGCCUGCUAGGUGGCCCCCUCCCCGCCACCCCCCCCUUCUCUCUCCGGGCCAUCGAGCAGGGUCCUUCCCCAGCAGCCUUGCCCAGGGAUGGCAGCAGAGGCCAGGGCAGCGGCAGCCUUGGUUGGGCACUUGGCCUUUGAGCUGUUUUUCCACAGCCUUCCCUUCUCCUGGGGAGUCCUGCUGCCCAGGAGUCCUGAGCAUGAUUCUCAAGUGUGAGAGAGGCGCUUCUGAUAGAGAUGUGGGAGGCCUACAGAGUCCUGUGGGAACGCGCUCUCUGCAGGGAUGUGCGCUUAGGACGGAGCCCUUGGAGGCCUCCCCUGCAGCGCAGUCUGCUUUAAGUUCCACCCCGUAGGAAUGUCGGAAGCAGAAGCGGCCAGGGGAAGGGGGGGCAGCUUCCUGCCCUCCAGAAGGGGGGUGAUCGGGGGUCUUCCCAGGAGAGCGGCAGGAGGCGCCUCCCAAAUCCUUGGAAUGCAAGUUCAUAGCUCUGCCCUCUUCCCACCUUUAAUUUUUUCACCAUUCCCCAAGAUAGUUAAUAAUACGUCUGAAUGGUCUGGUCCUUCUCCCAUCCUUGACCCAAAUAGCAAUACUCCAUUGAUUUGGGUGUUCCACCAUCUGUUGCAAUAAAAAGCUGACUGGAAAGAGAUGGAAAAGGACCCUGGGUGGGGUGAGGCCUGGAAAGGGAUGUUGUGAGCUGCUGGAUUGGCUUGGGGAGAUGUCAUAUUGGGUGAGACACCAUAGACAAAAUUCCUAUUGUAAAAAACUUGUGAAGAACAUUUGUAUAGAGACCUAUUUUUGUAUUACACCCACCUAAUUCAGCAUGCCAGCAAUAAAAUUUCAUAAGGUAGACUUCGA